AUGAUCAUCUUAAGAUCCUUCAAUCAAUUCACCGGAUUCAUUCCGGAUUCAUUUCAUGGCCUUCAGAGGCUGGAGAGUUUCUCCGCUGAAUCCAACUCUUUUGAAGGUCGAUUACCAAAUUCACUCUCAUCUUGCUCGAUGCUUAGGUUGUUCAAUCUGAGGAAUAAUUCUCUUGAUGGCAAUAUUGACCUUAAUUUCACUAGUUUGGUUCAUCUAGUUGUUCUCAAUCUCGGAUCUAAUCAUUUUUCUGGUCAUAUCCCGAAGAGUUUGUCUUCAUGCAGAGCUUUGGAGGUUCUAAACUUUGGUAGGAAUAAUCUCCAUGGAACAAUUCCCAAAAGUUUUAGGAACCUUCAAGCUCUCUCCUUCCUGUCAGUGUCAAAUAAUAGUCUUUCUGAUGUUUCAAUGGGAUUGCAAACACUACAGGAGUGUCAGAAUCUAACGGUCCUUGUCCUUACAAAGAACUUUUAUGGAGAAGAGUUGCCUAAUAACGGAAUUCAAGGAUUUCACGGCUUGCAAGCCUUGGUUAUAGACGUUUGUGCUCUCACUGGUUCGAUUCCCUCGUGGUUAGCGAAUAUCAAAGAGUUGAGUUUCCUAGAUUUGUCUUGGAAUCACUUGACUGGAGGCAUUCCAUUGUGUAUUGGGAGCCUGGAUUUUCUCUUUUACCUGGACCUGUCAAAUAAUUCACUCACUGGCGAGAUUCCUAUGAGCUUAACGAAACUAAAAAGCCUCAAUUCUGAUUCUCUUUCAAACAAUGGGUCUUCUUCACAUGGCAUGCCCUCGUUCUAUUGGCAAAAUGCACCACGUAAUCUGGUGUAUAAACAAUAUAUAAACUUCCCUCCAACAGUGGAUUUGAGCAAUAAUAUGAUGGACGGAACAAUCUGGAAGGAGAUUGGCAACUUGAGACUUCUUCAGGUGCUUGACCAGAGCAACAACAACUUCACAGGUUCUAUUCCUUAUGAAUUGUCAGGCCUUCGCAAUUUAGAGACAUUGGACUUGUCUUUCAAUGAUCUAUCAGGGACAAUACCUGCCUCCCUUGUCGACCUUACGUUUCUUUCUUCGUUCAAUGUUGCUCAUAACCACUUGCAGGGCCAAAUUCCCAUGGGAGGUCAGUUUUCAACCUUCCCGAGUUCGAGCUUUGAAGGGAAUGCUGGUCUCUGUGGUGAAUUUUACUUAGUUUGCAACUCCACUUCAAAGCCUCCAGAGGAGGAGGAAAAUGACAGAGAAGAAAGUUAUUUUGUUCUCGAAGUAUUGCCUCUUGCAAUGGGAUUCAUAUCUGGCCUUCUCCUGAUAGUAAUCCUCGUUAUUCUGCCGUUACUGAAACAGGGUUGA